AUGCAGAAUACCACACAAAGGUCAAAGAUGAACCUGACAAUCAUGCUCAGAACAUGUGAAUAUGGCAUCAUUACCUCAACUGGACUGGAGGCAGCAGCAGUAUUGCGAAAAAGUCACUGUUGCAGGGCCUUGAAGAGGGCUGCCUGCUUUGGCAUCGGAGAUGUGGCCUCCAACAUCGAUGUGGGAGCGUCCAAGCAAGUCAGCCCCUCUGAGGCUCUUCCAGAUUCAGCGCUGCAGCAAAUUAAACUCCUUCAAGGCUUCAACGGAGAGAAACUUCACAGACGACUCUUUGGGAACGGGCGUGAAGAUUUGGCCGGAGGGAGGGAGGAAGGGUAG